AUGGAUCUGUGUGAAGACACAGAUAAGGGAGUCCCUCCCUCAAAAGCCUCUCUGUGUGGAGAAGAAGAAGCUCUGAGGAUGAAGAAACACAGACCAGACUCUCCUGGACCCAGCUGUGUGUCCAUGAAGAGUAACCGGUCCAUGUUUAUCCCUCCUGAGUUUAAAGCUGGACACCCUGCAGAUGGAAGGAUGCUGAAGCCUGGACUAGGCUCUCCUGUAUCCAGCUGUUUGUCUAUGAAGAGUGACCGCUCCAUGGGUCAGCCGAUGGCCUUUAGAGAUGGACAAUAUCCUGAUGAAAGAGUUCAGAAGAAGAAUUCAGAGAUAUUCAGUGUAAAUUCUGCACAGCAGCAUCAAACAGACCUGGAGUCUGCAUUUAAGCUGCUGGAGGAGAACAUCAUCACCUUUGUAAAGAACGAGCUGAAAAGAAUUCAGAGGCUUCUGUGUCCAGAUUAUCCAAAAUACUUAGGGUGUCAGCCUGGGGAUGAGGAGGUAUUGGAAGGUGAGGAUAAAGUGCAGAGAGGAAUCUGCAGAGAUGCUUUCCUAAAGAUCACUCUGCAUUUUAUGAGGAGAAUGGAGCUGCAGGAGCUGGCUGACUGUCUGCAGAGCAAAACCGUUGCUCCAGUGUGCCGUGAAAAACUCAAAUCAACCCUGAAGAAGAAGUUCCAGUGUGUGUUUGAGGGGAUUGCUAAAGCGGGAAACCCAACCCUUCUGAAUCAGAUCUACACAGAGCUCUACAUCACAGAGGGAGGGACUGGAGAGGUCAAUGAGGAACACGAGGUCAGACAGAUCGAAACAACAUCCAGGAAAGCAGACAGAGCAGAAACUACCAUCAGACAGGAAGACAUCUUUAAAGGCCUGCCUGGAAGAGAUGAACCAAUCAGAACAGUGAUGACGAAGGGCGUGGCUGGCAUUGGGAAAACAGUCUUAACACAGAAGUUCACUCUGGACUGGGCUGAAGGCAAAGCCAACCAGGACAUCCAGUUCACAUUUCCAUUCUCUUUCAGAGAGCUGAAUGUGCUGAAAGAGAAAAAGUUGAGCUUGGUGGAGCUUGUUCAUGCCUUCUUUACUGAAACCAAAGAAGCAGGACUCUGCAGGUUUGAAGAGUUCCAGGUGGUCUUCAUCUUUGACGGUCUGGAUGAGUGCCGACUUCCUCUGGACUUCCACAACAAUGAGAUCCUGACUGAUGUUAGUCAGUCCACCUCAGUGGAUGUGCUGCUGACAAACCUCAUCAGGGGGAAACUGCUUCCAUCAGCUCACCUCUGGAUAACCACACGACCUGCAGCAGCCAAUCAGAUCCCUCCUGGGUGUGUUGACAUGGUGACAGAGGUCAGAGGGUUCACUGACCCUCAGAAGGAGGAGUACUUCAGGAAGAGAUUCAGAGAUGAGGAGCAGGCCAGCAGAAUCAUCUCCCACAUCAAGACAUCCCGAAGCCUCCACAUCAUGUGCCACAUCCCAGUCUUCUGCUGGAUCACUGCUACAGUGCUGGAGGAUCUGCUGAAGACCAGAGAGGGAGGAGAGCUGCCCAAGACCCUGACUGAGAUGUACAUCCACUUCCUGGUAGUUCAGACCAAAGUGAAGAGCAUCAAGUAUGAUGGAGGAGCUGAGACUGAUCCACACUGGAGUCCAGUGAGUAGGAAGAUGAUCGAGUCUCUGGGAAAGCUGGCUUUUGAGCACCUGCAGAAAGGGAACCUGAUCUUUUAUGAACCAGACUUGACAGAGUGUGGCAUCGAUAUCAGAGCAGCCUCAGUGUACUCAGGAGUGUUCACACAGAUCUUCAGAGAGGAGACAGGACUGUACCAGGACCAGGUGUUCUGCUUCAUCCAUCUGAGUGUUCAGGAGUUUCUGGCUGCUCUUCAUGUCCAUCAGGCCUUCACCAACUCUGGAGUUAAUCUGAUGGAAGAGGAACAAAAACCAUCUCGAGUGCCUAAAAUCUUUAAAGACAAACAUAAGCUUAAACACCUCUUUCGUAGCGCUGUAGACCAGGCCUUACAGAGUCCAAACGGACACCUGGACUUGUUCCUCCGUUUUCUCCUUGGCCUUUCACAAGAGACAAAUCAGAAUCACAUAAGGGGCCUGCUGACCAAGAGACCAAGUGGCUUAAAGACUAAAAAGAAAACGGGUGAUUAUAUCAAGAAGAAGAUCAAUGAGGAUCUCUCCGCAGAGAAAAGCAUCAACCUGUUCCACUGUCUGAAUGAACUGAAUGAUGGUUCUCUAGUGGAGGAGAUCCAACAGUCCCUGAGAUCAGGACGUCUCUCCACAGAUAAACUGUCUCCUGCUCAGUGGUCAGCUCUGGUCUUCAUCUUACUGUCAUCAGAAAAAGAUCUGGACGUGUUUGACCUGAAGAAAUACUCUGCUUCAGAGGAGGCUCUUUUUAGGCUGCUGCCAGUGGUCAAAGCCUCCAACAAAGCUCUACUGGUUGGCUGUAACCUCUCAGAGAGAAGCUGUGAAGCUCUGUCCUCAGUGCUCAGCUCCAAGUCUUCUAGUCUAAGAGAGCUGGACCUGAGUAACAACAACCUACAUGAUUCAGGAGUGGAGCUGCUUUUUGAUCGCAGAGGGAGUGUGUAUUGUAAACUACAAACUCUCAGACUGAGUGGUUGUAACCUGUCAGAGAGAAGCUGUGAAGCUCUGUCCUCAGUCCUCAGCUCCUCCAGUCUGAGAGAGCUGGACCUGAGUAACAACAACCUGCAUGAUUCAGGAGUCAAGCUUCUGUCUAAUGGACUCAGGAGUCAACACUGCCAACUGGAAACUCUCAGGUUCAGUCGCUGUAACCUCUCAGAGAGAGGCUGUGAAGCUCUGUCCUCAGUCCUCAGCUCCCAGUCCUCUAGUCUGAGAGACCUGGACCUGAGUAACAACAACCUGCAAGAUUCAGGAGUCAAGCUUCUGUGUGCUGCAAUAGAGAUGCUACACUGCUUACUGGAAACUCUCGGUCUUUCAGGCUGUCAAAUCACAGAGGAAGGUUGUGUGUCUCUGGCCUCAGCUCUGACCCCAUCCUCCCAGCUGAGAGAGCUGGACCUGAGUUACAAUCAUCCAGGAGAACGAGGAGAGAAGCUACUCACCGCUCGCCUGGAGGAUCCAGGCUGCAGACUGGAGACACUGAGGUUCGAUCAAAGUGGACUGCAACGACUGAAACCCGGUCUGAGGAAAUACGCCUGUGAGCUGGAAGUGGACAUACACCCAAACAACACAAUAAACCUCAAACUGAGCGACAACAACAGGAAGGUGACGUUUGCAUUUGGAUAUCGUUCAGCUCCUAAUCAUCUAGACAAUUAUGACAUGUGGGCUCAGGUGCUGUGCCGCACUGGUCUGACUGGUCGUUGUUACUGGGAAGUUGAGUGGAGAGGAGAUGUUUAUGUAUCAGUGGGUUACAGAGGAACCAGACAGCGGGGAAUCAGAGAGAACUGUUAUUUUGGGUUCAAUGAUCAGUCCUGGUGUCUGAUCUGCUCUGACAGUGGUUACUCUGUCAGGCACCAUAACAGAAGAACAAACAUCCCCUCGUCCUCUGUCUCUCACAGAGUAGCGGUGUAUGUGGACUGUCCUGCUGGCUCUCUGUCCUUCUACAGAGUCUCCUCUGACACGCUGAUCCACCUCCACACCUUCAACACCACAUUCACGGAGCCUCUCUAUCCUGAGUUUGGGCUCUGGUCAUACGGUUGCUCAGUGUCUCUCAGUGAGUGCAGCUCCACCAGCAGGAGGCGCUCUGCUAUGGAUCAGUGUGAUGACACAGAGGAUGGAGUCCCUUCCUCUCCAUCUUCUCUGUGUGGAGAACAGGAAGCUCUGAGGAGGAAGAAGCAGAGACCAGACUCUCCUGGAUCCAGCUGUGUGUCCAUGAAGAGUGACCAGUCUAUGUUGCUCCCUAUAAAGUUUAAGCUUGGACAACCUGCUGAUGGAAGGGGUUUUCUCAAAGCCCUAGGAGGAGUAGCGCGGCGAAUUUUUGUCCGUAAGAUGAAGACAUAG